CCUGGCGCAGCUUGGAUAGUAGCGGGGGGGGUUUCUUUCUGACAUAUUGUCGGAUGCCAGGCUGGUCCGCUGGCUACUAAAACGCUCGGUUGACGAAAGCCCCCGAAAAAAUUCAUGCCUUUCGAGCUUUUCUAAUGCGUUUACCGGUUGUAGUUUUCAACAAGCGCGCUCGCGAUGUUCGUUAUCUUACCGUUGUUCGUCGGUUAUCGUCCGAAAUUGGGAAACGAAUUGCCCGUUUAAAUGGAAGAAAGUAACUAAAUCGAGAAACUGAAACGGAAAAUUGUUAAAAACGUGAAAUAAAAAAUUUCUAUUCACUAAACGAUGCAUGGAUAAGAAUAUUCGAUAUCUGUUUAACGUGCAUAUACGUACGAUUAUCGAUACUCCAAAUCGUCGUUACCGCGGUUCGCGUCAACAACAAAAACGCCCGCAGCUGCACCCGGUUCACUGCUUGCUACUUGCUACUUGGUACUUGGUACUUGGUACUUGCGACUUGCCGACUGCGCCUUGGUCAAAGCAGAAGAGUCGAGGCAUCGCUACGCGACGUAAGGAUAUGGAAACGUUGGUCUUACCACAGUUUCAUCGUCGGCAGUCGCGGUGUGGUUCUGUACUCGUGCAAACAAGGAAGUGUAUUUCUGAAGUGAAGAAGGAACGGUGAAAGAAUCUUAUAUGUACCUACGUAAUAUACUUUAAAAGAUACGAACUCGGCACAAGACAAGCACAAGCACAGACACGACGCACGCACGCACGCACGCGGUACGUUGACUGACACACGCCCAACGGACCUUUUAUUAUAGAUUAUAUACAGCAUAUACGGAAUACAGAGAAUUCUUUAUCAAUUCACAUCGUCUGAGGAAAAGUUUAUUUUCCAAUCGAUAUUCGAUCGAUUGAAGAGCUUUUUUAUUUUCAUUUUUAUUUUUAUUUUUUUACUUUUCUCUCACUGUACCGUUUAAAUCGGGGUUUUUUUUUUUUCCCCCUCUUCUGUUUCUUCUCUUCGGACAGUUUUUUUUCCUUCGUUUUUCAAAUUUUUCCUUCUCUCAAUUUUCUCACCCUCUGAUUCUUUACUUACCAGUUUUUGUGGUGAAUAUUCGUGUUCGAGCAACGUGGAUUACAACUACGAUCGAAUACGACGUGAACGUGUUGCUCCUUUACAGAGAGUAACGGGCAUGUCACAAUCGGUAUAUCUUCUUUAGAGGAUGAUUAUAAAUGUACGCGAAUCGUGGAAUAUUUCGAUACGUGUGUGCUAAGUGAAUGAUAAAAAAAAUAUCGAAAAAUCUAUCAAUUUUAUUGAUAUAUCAUAGAAUAUAAUAAAACUACACGUUGAGGAUUAACAAAAUUUCCCUUUAAUCAUAUAAUACGUAAUCUAGGACAGUGGGGUCACGGAAUAGUUAAGUGAUUUUACGACAGUUUUCUUAGUUUAUUUUAACGCAAACAAGUGCCUCGCCUGUUAAACGAUUCGUGUGUGAAAAUCUAUAAUCGCGUGUUCGAUUUGUCCUUUGUGGAAAAUUUUAAUAUCGUUUUUGUAUAGUGAAUAGUGUGAAAUUGAGGUGCAAUAAUCGUCGUUGUUACGAACAAAAAAAUAAAAAAUCAAGGAAUAUAUUCACCCAGGGAAUUUACGACGAUAAAAGGGACCCAGCUAACGGUCGCUUCAUUUUCCUUUUCUUCGUCGAGAGACGAGAAGAAAUAUUCGCAUUAUAAUUAUUCGAAGCAGCAAUUAACGUUUUUAACGAUGUUUCGUCAUAUAUUAGAAUUUUCAUCCGAGUUGUGAAGUGACGUUGAUACAUUACAUUGUUUGAAUCCUUUCUCGAUAAUUUCUUUUUUUUUUCGAAUCUCAUCCGUUCAUUUUCUCACUCUUCUAUCGUCGCUGUGUCGAUUUUUUCUCUCCUUGUCAUUUCAAUUUUUUUAACACCGUGUGUCGGAAUUUUUUGAUUAACCUUUCACCACGAAUCGUAACGAUAAUUCCCUUCGUAUUACUCGUAUGUAUUAUUAUGGAACUGUUGCGAUAGAGAAGAAACAAAUAAUAUUCCUCCGAUUCGAUACGUUUGAAAUUUCAAAUUUUACGCACUCACGCGUUACCGUACACAGUCAAGAGCUAGCAGAUGAUAGAAACGUAGAAAAAGGAGAAAGAAAAAGGCUUGUAAAAUUUUUUAAAGUAUACUCCGGGUACUGUCCGGUACAUCGAAUCUUCGGAUAACUAUAAUUCUCCGUCACGUGAUCAUCGACGAAAUAAUCCCAACGCUGAAUUUCUUUUAUUCUUACUUCCCGUCUAUCCAUCCGUCUAUCUAUUAUUUGAAUUUCUUCAUCUUCUUAUCGCAGUUGAUAUUAGAAUUGUAAAAAAUAUCACUACUGUAUGUCGGAGAUUCAGAAAUUAUAUAUUAAUUCUAAUUCUAAUUUUUGAGCAUCGUGAAACCCCUCGUCGUAAGAAGAUUGAUCGAUCAAUUAAUUAUUUAUAGUAAUAUUAAUAACAUACACGUAUGAAAAAUCGUCGUUGGAGCACGUUACCUCGCUGCAGCCGCAAUCUUAUUUUUCAUAGGUUACACACAGUGCACAUACAUACGCAUUAUGAUAUACAUAUAUAUUACAACGUAUACCAUACAUAUUAUGACCACCGGCGUUCAUAACUUCUAGGCUACACGUAAUCACUGUACUAAUCAUUCGGCGGCCAGUUACGCGCGUGCAACAGCAAUCGCUAUAUAGGGACGCAAUCCAAACUUUGAUCUCUGCUUAAUAAUAACGGAAGCGCGGGGAGGAGGGACGUCGUUACAGGGAGGUUUCUUUCUUCGAUGCUUUUUAUCGGCGACUUUACUGUUGACAUUAUCACUAUUAUCAUUGUCAUACGCAACAUCAACGUUGUCAAUAUUCUACCGAUCAUUUCUUCGAGUCAGCUUCCAAAUCCGAACGAUAAAUCUCGUCUUCUCUAAAGGUAAUCGUUGAUCAGUUGCACCAACGGCAAUACAUGUGGAUGCGAUAGCGAUUAAUUUUAUUCAUUGGAAACUCGCAUUUCUGCUGCUGCUGCUGCGUUCUACGCAUACAAAAAUUACACAGCUAAUUGUGCUGAUCAAAUUUCAACCGAUUUCCAACAGUUACGAAGUAAUUUACGAAAAAGUAAAAGUAUAACGCAAGUAGUGAAAUAGUGCAAUAACAAGAGUGAAACAAAAAUCAAUCAACGGUGUCCAGGACUGGAGUAUAUCGAAUUUCGGGGGGUUUGAUCGAAUUCGAGGAUAAGCGAAAUCGUGAAGGUGGGCGUCGCCUGUGAAUGGCUUAAUAUGCUGAAUGACGGAAGUCGAUUUGGUACACGAUCAAAGUUUGGGGAUGGUACCCUAAUAAGACGUAAAUGGAGAACAAUCUGUCAGUCUACGGCGGCCCCGGUACCUGGGGCGCGGAUAGCACCAGUCCGCAACAACCAACCGAGGGACAAACGGCGAUUGCUGGAAAUGGAAAUGGAAGUGGAAAUGCCGCUGCAGGUGCGCCUGGACCGCCUCCGCCGCAGGCCGGAAGUCCGGGCAACACUAUUCUCGACGAUCGAAGAGCUCAAGCUAAUUCUAUCAGAGCCCAGAUCGAGAUUAUCCCGUGUAAGGUGUGCGGCGACAAAAGUAGCGGCGUUCACUACGGCGUGAUAACGUGCGAGGGAUGCAAGGGGUUCUUUCGAAGAUCGCAAUCCUCCGUAGUAAACUACCAGUGCCCGAGAAACAAAAAUUGCGUCGUCGAUCGGGUCAACCGCAACCGAUGCCAGUAUUGCCGAUUGCAGAAAUGCCUGCGGCUAGGCAUGUCGAGAGACGCCGUAAAGUUCGGACGCAUGUCGAAGAAGCAGAGGGAGAAGGUCGAAGACGAGGUGCGGUUCCACAGAGCGCAGAUGAGGGCGGCUUCGGAAACGGCACCUGACAGCAGCGUUUUCGAACAUCAGACUCCGAGUAGCUCCGAUCAACACCAUUCGUAUAACGGCGGCUAUCCGUACGGCGGUAGCGAGUACGCAUCCCCGGGAUCGGGGUACUACAACCAUCCGGCGAUGAACAACUAUGGUGAACUCAGCGCCGAUUACGUCGACAGUACGACAGCCUACGACCCCCGACCGACGCAAACGCAAGUAGAUGCCGUUACCCCGGAUACACCGUCUGUCACAGCGACUGGGGGUGUUCUGGCAAGCGUCGUAACUACCGGUAAGUCGCUGUCGGCGACUUCUACCGGAAGUAGCACUGGUGGAGGAAAUGGUGGUAGCGGAGGUGGAGGUAAUAGUAGUGGUAGUGCUGGUGGUGUUGGUGGUGGUGGUGGUGGAAAUGGAGGUUCGUUAAGUGGAGGCGGAAUUGUUGCGGUGAAACAAGAGACCUCAGUAGAACUGGCCAGCCUUGGUCACGGAUCCUACACGACGGUGGACUCGACGACCUUUCUGAGUACCCAACAGCAGCAGAGGCCGAGCAAUUCACCGGAGGAGGACGAAGUUCCAAGCCUGCCCAGUAUGUCCCAUACAAGAUACCCCGCGCAAAUAAGCGAACUCCUGUCGAAGACAAUAGCGGACGCGCACGCGCGGACGUGCCUCGUAUCCACAGAGCAAAUUCAGGAGUCCUUUCGCAAGCCCCAUGAUCUCUCAAGGUUGAUAUACUACAAAAACAUGGCGCAUGAACAGCUCUGGCUAGAGUGCGCACAAAAACUAACCACCGUCAUUCAGCAAAUCAUCGAAUUUGCGAAAAUGGUACCAGGAUUCAUGAAGCUCUCGCAGGACGAUCAAAUCGUUCUGCUCAAAGCUGGUUCUUUCGAAUUGGCGGUACUGCGUAUGAGCAGGUAUCUCGAUCUGCAACAAAACUGUGUCCUCUACGGUGACACAAUGCUGCCUCAGGAUGCCUUUUACACAACGGACACCGCCGAGAUGAAACUUGUCUCCUGCGUUUUCGAACUGGCAAGGAGUGUCGCCGAACUGAAACUCACAGAAACGGAACUCGCGCUCUACAGCGCGGCGGUUCUUCUUAGUCCUGAUCGGCCAGGAUUGAAGGGUCUCGCCGAGAUAACGCGACUGUCUCAGGCGGUAAUAAGGGCUUUAAGGGCGGAGUUGGACCGGAACCACGUGACGCCGAUAAAAGGUGACGUUACGGUGUGCGACGCGAUGUUGGCGAAGAUUCCACAGCUUCGAGAAAUUUCGUUGCUUCAUAUGGACGCACUCGCCAAGUUCAAACGGUCUCAACCGCACCUUGAAUUUCCGGCUCUUCACAAGGAGCUUUUCAGCGUCGACAGCUGAACGACCGGCGCAACGCGAGGCUAUCCGACGACGGUUCGCGUCGCGAAUAGUGCCUGACCUGGAGGCCUUGCCGUGUCGAGAUUAUUUCCUUCGUAUUGAACGUAUUGGGCCUUAAAUUAAAAAAAAAAUAUUAAAUAAAUAAAAAGAAUAACCUUGUUAUAUAUAAAAUACACAUUAAAAAGGAAAAAAAAACUAAAAAAAAAACACAAAAACGAUAUAAAGUAUAUGUGAACGACAUGUAUAUACGCGUACGAGCAUAUAGAUACCCGCGUGUGAUACCGAAAUUCACAUUUACAUGUACGUGCACAUGUAUGCAUAAUAUAUACGUAUGUACACGCGCUGUAUUUAUAUCUGACUGUAUACACAUGUACAUAGACAAAUAUAGUAUGUAUACAUACAUAGAUUAUAAAAGAAAGAAUGAAAUGAGAUGGAAAAAAGGAAAAAAACGCAAAAAAAAAAAAAAAUGAAUAAAUAAUUAAUGAAUAUAUAAAGAAAUGAAAAACAAUAUAUAUAUAUAUGCAUACAUAAAUAUAUAUUAUUAAAUAAUACAAAUAGAUGAGCUAUCGGUUGUUAUGAUACAUAAAGUAUAUUAUAUAUAUAUAUAUUGACUAAUAUCAUUACAAAUUGCCAUCAGCAAAUUGGACACGACUAGCGCGUUGUAAAUUACAUAACAUAUAAUAAAUAUAACUAUACAUAAACUGAAUAUCGUACUUUCAAACGUACGAUUUUACUCUUAUAAUGCAUAAUACUACUAGUGAAAAUAGGAAAUUUCAAAAUCAAUUACAUAUAUAAUUGUAAGAAGACUAGAAAAAAUGUCACCAACAAAACCUGAAACGCGGGAGGAAAAUCGAUGUUUUACAUCCGAGAACGAUCGAUAUAACGGUAGCCUGGAUACAACUCUGACAAACUUUGUUUAAGGUCGAAGUUUUGGGAACGAGAGGAAUAACAAAAAAAAAAAGAACGAGGAAGAGUAUACAGCAAAAAAGUAACUAAUUACAAGCGCGCUAGUCAGACUCAUUUUGCGCGGGACAGUCUGGGGAUGAUUAUAGAAUAUAUUAUUAUUGUUCCCUCAUGCAUAAAGAAAGAAUCAAGAAUAGGAAAAAGCAUAACAAAACGCGGUCGAAUUUUCAUUGGGCUGAUUACGUAAUAAAAAGGAGAAGAAAAGUAAAACGUACUACGUAUUGUAUACAUAAAUGAUUAAUUAAAUAAAAUUAAAUGAAGUAAAAUAUAAUAAAUACAUACAUACAUAGAUAAAUAUAUAAAGUAGCGCGUAGCUUUUACUCGGCACCCAUUAUUUAUUAGUAAAAAAUUAGAAAGAAAAAAAUGAAAGAGAAUCGGUUUAAAUUUUUCAAGGGCUGUUAUAAAUAUUCGCGGUGAUCUUCGUCCCCGGACUGUCUUUGGGGCCCUCGUAACCGUAGUUAGAAUUAAAAUUAACUAAUUAAUUAACAGAUUAACGUUUUGGUUAACGCACCAUGAAUGGAAUAUAAGCAUAGAACGCUCCAACACGUACGUGAAAAAUUGAGUCGUUGCUUUCGGUAAAAAAUUAUUCACAACUCCUUUGAUAUUAUUGUAUUUAAUUCCCCCCCCCCCCCCCCCCCUGUAAUCACGGAUGAUACACACAUAUAGAUUGUAGGAUCGGCAUAACGAUUCGAAGAUUAGAAAUGGAUGUAAUUGAAAUUGAUAGAUUGUAUAUACGAGUCGUAUAUGGAGCGUUGUUAAUAAUCCGCUGGAUCAACGCUGCUGCUGGUUGAAUAUUUACAGCGACGUAAUAAUCACAUGGAAAUCGAUUUUCUCGGACAUAUAUUCCAUUCGGGAGUAACGAUUUAGCUUUCAUUGUUGAGAAACGGACCGACGAUUCGUCGAAGUGUAAAUUGGCUGUACGCGUGAGAUCCGAUGAACACUACGAACACCUUGAAAAAAAAAACAGAAAAAUAGAGGAGAUGGUGCGUAAACUGACAUGUUAAUGGUAGCGGAAAUAAAGUAUAAAUAUUAUUCUAUUAAUUAAUUGAUUACGUAAAUGCAGUUCAUUUAUAUGUAGAAAUAACACCCGUAAACAUGUAUAAGAGAAAUGAAAUAAAUUUUAUAUAUAUAUAGAUCUAUAUAUACAUAUAUAUAUGUAUGUCAAUGUAUAUUUAUACCUAUAUACACACAUAUAUGUAUAUAUCUAAACACACACACCUACACGUACACGACACACAAACAAGCUACACGUAGAUACACAUAGACAAGGAAAUUAAAACUAUAGAAAAUUAUUACGAUUUGGUGUUCAAUUUUAUAAUAUAAAUAUAUUUAAAAAAAAAAAGGAAGAAAAUUAAAAUAAUAAAUACGUUGAUGGAUGUAUAAUGGAAAGGUGUAUAUGUAUACACGAUAUUAUAGUAGAGAAAAGAGAAAGAGAGAGAGAGGGGCAGCGAUGUUCGAUCGAUCGAGAUAUGUGAAACCACGUCGCCAAAAGCUCGAUAUUUUUUAUACCGUGCAUGGGAAGAAAAAAAAAAUACUGUGACGAUGAAAAAAAAGAGAAGAGAAAAAAACUAUUAAUUUGUUAAUAUUAUUAUACACGUUACCUUCAAGUAUAUUUAUAUAUGUAUGUAUACGUAUCUAUAAUAGUGGACGUAGGUACCUAUAUAAUUUAGUUGUUUCCCGAGUUUUUUGGACAAACGCAAAAUAUAAGGAAGAAAGAUAUGGAUAAUUAACUGACAAUGAAUGUAUAAAUGUAGGAGAAUCGAUAAAAUGAAGAAGAACCGUGGCGAGCCACGCGUAGCCGCCAUCGAUCGAAGGUCGACGCCUCGGCGGAGGUGCAUAUAACAUAGUAUAUAGCUUUAACACCUCACAAUCAGAUUCAAUACAUACAUACAUACCUAUACCUAUUUAUCAUGAUGAAAUUUGAUGAUGAAUAAAUUAAUUGUUGCAGCGCGUUGCAGUGCAUAUGUACCUAUAAUAUUAUACAAUGGUUGCUGCGAGAUGGUUUUUUGUUUAUCCGAAAUACAGGGAAAUCAGAAGACAAAACAAUUAAAUAAUUGUAAUAAUAAUGAUUUAAAAGAAGUGACCGGAAAUAGUACAUAAUUAUUAUAAUGAAUAGCUCGAGAAAUAGAUAGACAGUUUAAGAAGUAUGAUAAUUCAACGGAUAAUUCUCUUUUUCAAUAUUUCGUAUAAAACAAAAAAAAUAUAUUGCAUCUUUAAGAGUCUCUUGUGUAGAACGGACACUGAGAUAUUGUGUCGACCCUUAUAAACAACCAUCAAUAAUUAUUGAUAAUUCACAACAAUUUUAUUUAUCGAUUGCAUAUUUGUUUUACUUUCAGCGUUGUUCAGUUAUUCGUACCGGUUAUACAAAUAUCGGGUUACCACGAUCAAGUGUCAGAAAAAAUCGAAAUAGAAAUGGAAAUGAAGCCCUUUCGUUAAAAUCGUACAUAUCGCAUUUUUCGAGAUCUGAUUAUUUUCUCUCAAAUAUUCCCUAAGAAAAUCUGAAUAAUUGUAAUCAAAUGACAAGUUCAAUUAUUAUUUUGUCAACGAACACAGUUUCGAAACUACUUUCAUUCGUUUAUCGUUGCAUCGUGUCUAUGAUCGAAAUUUCUUACAAACAUGUAAUUUAAACGGAAGAAAAGUACGGAUUUUUUCGGACAAGGUUAAUCGCGGUGACCCCAUGUAAAAAUCUCCUGAAACUAAUAGCUAUGUAGAUACAUUUUACACGUAUCCAUGAGAACGAGAUCUGUUAAAGAAAUGAAAAAAAAAAAAGUUCAAUAAAAUAAAAGAGUAUAAAAUACUGCGCGAGUGUGAUUGAUUUGAAUAUUUGGCGAAUAUUACGCCAACGGUAUGAGCUUUUCAUUCAAAAGGUCGAAAUGUAAGUUUCACCGUUACCAACAAUAAGUUUCUGUGAUUCGGAUAUCAAUAUGGUUCCAUUUGAAUUUCAUGCCACCAAAUUUAUAUCGCGGCGAACGAUGGAAAGGCGAAGAAGAAUCGAGGUAAAAGUAGGGCUAUGGCGAGCAAAAAACGGAAUAGACGAAAUUUUUGAGUGAAUAUACACGGUCUAACAAUAAGAUCGCUCAACAACAACGGCCACGCGGCGUGAAGUAUGUUAAGAGGACUGCCGGCGCCAAAGUAUUCGAGUACCUGCUGUGGUUGUAGAAUAUAAGCGUUAUAGGAAUUUGAAUAAAGAAUAUGUUAGCUAAUUAUAAUACUAGUAACAAUAAUAAUAAUAGCUUACAACAAUAAUAAUAGUGUUAACAUUCAUAUUCAUUAUAACAAUAAUAAUAUUAAUUAUACUAACCAUAAUUGUAGGUAUAUAAUGUGAGGAAAGCUCGGAAAAUCUGUUGUAAUGAAAUAAAUAAUAUCUCUGAAAUAUUAAUGACAAUGACUAUAAAUUUGAAGUUAAACAAAACCGACCAUGAUCGGGUCAACAUCCGUAGUAAAAAUUGAAGGGUGUUUUUUUGGGAUCGAAUAAACAAAAAAUCAUCGGCAUAAGGCAACCUGAGAAUCCCUGGAGCUGAUCGCGUUGAUAAAGUAAUAAUUAAAAGUAUCUUCAGCUACAAAUAUCAUAAUUAAUCUUAUGUCUAUUAUCACAGAUACUCAUACACCUACGUAUAAUACCCUAUGCAUAAUAUGAAUUAUAUCACAAUAACAUAUGGUGCAAGAAUUGUCGAUUCAUCCUUAAACAAAAAUUUCACACACGGACACAUUACACCCCGGCACUUGUGUAACUUGAUAAUUAUUACUAGUUGGUAGUAACAACAGCUAAUACGAUGAAAAAAUAAGAAUACCAAAUAGGGCAAAAGAAACGAGUUGUAAAUGCAUCCAUAGGUAUAUAGAAUGAUUGUCAUAGCUAUGCAAUUUUUCAGCCUGAAUAGAAAUUUGAAGAAAAAUUACCGCUAUCAACGAAUGAUAUACCUUGUAAUUACUUAUAUACUUCUGUAUCAUGAGUGAAAGAGAAAAAUGGCAAAUUUUUGGUUGAAAAUUCAAAAGGGUAAGAAGAGAAGAUUCUUCGAAACGCGAUAGUAAGAAUCUCAUAAGGAUUGUGAAAAAGACAAGGCGUUUAUUAUGAUGCCGAGGACUCAAAACUAGACGGGCGCACGGGCGCAAACCUUAACUUUUGAGCUUUUAAUCAAUUUACCGGCAUAACGACGUAUUCUAACAAAGUGCCCAAAAUCAAAAAAUCUAAAUCACAGUUAUUCGAAUGGAAUGUGAGGGAGACUUAUAUCAUAGAACAUCACAAAUUGGUUCUUUGUUGGUAGGUUCGGCCUUCUGGCAGCAUCUCCGAAUUUCGUAGUCACGCGGUGUAAUAUGCCAAAAAAGCGUAACAAUUCGAGAAAAAUACAAAAUUAACAUAAUAUAAAGAAGUUUUUUCCGAAUCUCGCUGCAUUUGAACAACCAUAUAGUUCCGAAGGUUCUCCACUUCGGUCACUUCUGAGGGUUACGCGCUUCUUCUCAUUGGUCUCGAUAUGUACGUUCUGGUAUUGUCAUUUUUUAAUAUGCGAAACGCGAUUGCAUAAUAUUAUAUAUAUCAUGUAUACAUAUACUUAUGUUAUAUGUAUGUAUGGACUGAAUUAUACUCCCUGGAUUUUUGUCCAGCUAUGUGCAGUGGUGCUGCUGCUAUCUAAUAUUAUUAAAUGCCUGCUGUUGUAUACAUUAUACAUGAGCGUCGGCUAUUUCCUCCCACGCCACAAUUAUUAUUUAACCGUUUAAUUCAUACUCUCAUUGUCAUUACUUCGUUUUCAUUUUUUUUUUUUUUUUUUUUUACGAAAUAAAACAUAACGUACGUACCAAUAUGAAUCCUGUUGUUAGCUUUUCUGAACUAAGAAAAAGAUAUAUUACGUCAUUAAUUUUAUUAUCAUUUUUUUUCGAGUAAAAACCAUUUUUUCAACCUCCGCAUUCGAAGCUAAUAUUAAACAAUUAUUUGGACUGAUAUUUAAACCCGAAAACGCAAAAUUAGUAAUGUUCGUGGAUCAGAAUUAGAAGAUUUAAUUGAUUAAACGUAAUUUUUCCUUGAAUAUUAUCGAUCGCUACUCACUUCGUACGGUGAUUAUUAAUAACUCUAAAAUACUCUUCUCGGAACCCCGUGUUCUAUUUCUCUCAAUUGACAUUUUUCGAAUUUUCGUAUCGCUAUCAAUAACCAUACCACGUAAUUGAAUUCGUCAGCUAAUUCUUUUCUCUUUUCAUUUGGGAACGUUCAAUUAACUGGAUAUUAAGUAGACUCGAAUACGCGGUGUAUCCAUCUGUAAUAUCUAAUUUUUUUAAGACAACAUUCAAUGUUAUUCGGAUAAAUUGCGGUCUUGAACUAACAUGACUCAAGUCUGUAAUAUAGUCACUUCAUUCGGUUCAGGGUUGGUCAUAUUUUUAGAAAUGCGUAGGCUAAAUAUUGGAAUUUCGUAUGAUAAAUAAUAUGUAAUCUGUGUCGUACUAUACAUUCAUGUAUAUUCAACCUCUAAUGUUUAGAAAAAAGCAAAAAUUUAAUUGUUCAUACAAGAACUGAUGAUACUUGUGAGACUGUUGCGGGCGCCUUAUACCUAUAUUGAAAAAAAAUUAAUUAAAAUCGACAAAAAACCGAAAAAAAGAAGCAAAUGAUACGAUAAUAGUAGAUAAAAAAAAAAACUGAAACGAAAAAGAAAGGAAUCGACGUCGUAGUACAUUUUAAUACUUAGGGUAUAAAAAAAAAUUAAUAAAAAAAAAUUAAUCUUGGACACUGACAAAGAGUAUGCAUAAGCGAUAGUUGCUUUUUUUAUUCAUAUUUUUUUCUACUUUCUAACCUCGAUGGGAGGAAUCGCCGACGUCAGGCGAAAACUUAAUUGUGAUAUAAUAACAAACGAGGUUAAAAAAAAAUUAUUUAAAUCGCAGCUUUUGCGAUCCUCUCUACGGGUAAUUCGUUCGAAUCUAUAUCUGUUAAUUGAUUCAUUGAUUCAUUGAGUAUUUACUAAUUCGAUUAAUUGAUCUUGAUGUAAGAAUAAACGUAAUGAUUAUAUUUCUUUCCACUGCUGCAGUCGAAUGGCAAUUAUAUACCUACCUAUACGAUGAGUGCAUAAUAAAUCACGGUGAUAGGUCGGAAAUUUCGCAAACCUCGCUGAUCGAUUUUUGAUUAUUGAAAAAUUAUUUCAUUCAUAAUUCUUAUUGAAAAAAAAGUUUGAAAAAAUUACAACUGUUAUUGCACAAAUAAUUUGAGCGGUCUUAUCGAAAUUAGCACCCAAGCUAUUUUAAAUAUGCACACGCGUAUAUUACUCACGUUACAAUGAAAUAGGGCACUCUAACACUACCGAUUUGCAUUAACGUUCAGUAGAAGAAGUUUUUUUUUAUCCUCAUAAGUAAGAGUAAUAUAUUUUCAACAUGUUCGCUCGCAUGUUUUCGAGGCGAAAAAUUUCGCUUGAUUGUUAAUCAGUCAUAUAGAUACCGUACAUCUUACGGGCUUUCAAUUGAUAACGGAAAUUUGAAUACAGAAACCCGAUAGAAAUGAAAAAUUCAAUAUAGCUGACAAGAAAUAAUAGCUUUGCGUCUGCACCGAAUAUCAAGCUACAUAGUUUUAAUUCAUAAAUACGUAUAGAUAAGAGACAACACAUAGAAACUCAUAAACAUAUUAAAGGACGCUACACGCGUUACGUGACAGUAAUUCUCGAAGAAUUUUAAGAUGGAAAAUUUGUCAGACAAUAUACACUGCAGUGGGAUCAAUAAUUUCGUAUACAUAAAAAAUCAUAGCGGGGGUAUGCGGAGCACGAUUGAGUUUCCUGAAGUUUAAACAAGAAACGAAGAAAAUAAAAAUCCAUUACGGCUCAAACUAUAUACCUAUUCGGAAUUUUGAGAGAACGUUGCACCGACAUACAUGUUUAGCACGGUGAAUUUAGUUUCUUGGGUUUUCAUCACAAUUUCCAAGUUCUUAAUAAAAUGCCUCUGUUUUCUCUUUUCCGUUUAGAAACGGAACACUAUGUCGAAUCGACAUGACAUUUAUGAUCAGGUAAUUCAUUACCAGAGCGUGAUUCGGAAUAUCGAUUGACAAUACAUUAUCUGCAACCUAUAAGGUGGAACCAAGUUUGAAUCGGAGUUGCUUGGAAAUUCGAUCGUUUAAAACCUUAUUCACGGUGAGAGUUUUUGGUUAUUUCAUCUACUUUUUUCUUGGUUUUUACAGUGAAUCUGAUCAAAGAUAUGAGCUGCGGGUAAGCUUCAUGAUUCUUUGAAUUUUAUAAUACCGAUUGAACGGGUCUAAAAAUGGCGAAGAUUCGGUAAAAUCGCAUGUUAACUGCAGACGGCAGGCCACAUCGCGAAAUGCAAUUUCUGACUUUCUCUCUGAAAUGUCCUACUACUUACCACGUGAUAAAGAUAAUCACGAGAGCACAUUAGAUCAUGGCAUUAUUAAGGAAAUCGGCUGUUCGUUGUGAUAAGGCGUCGAUAUAUAUAUAUGAUCACGUGAAAUACUUUGAUUGUCGCGAUUUUCACUGAAAUAAUUGUAAAAAAAAAUAAAAUGAAAAACAACACCAAUAACAACAACAAACAAACAAACAUAAACAAAAACAACAAUUUCAGCAUUAAUAUAUUAUGUUUAUGAAUAAAUAGUAUAGUAUAUAUUAUACAUUAAAAAUUAGACAUUAGAAGAGGAGAAACAACAAACAAAGUAACAAACAAUUAUGUACUUGAUACCAUGUAAUAUACUAGUUAUUUAUUUUAUUUUUUUCUAAAAAUAUACAUAAGUAUCCUCGCGACACAGACACGCGGACACACAUCACACACACCCACCCAUAAGGUUAAAAAGAAAUACGGAUAAGAAAUAAAUAUAACUACAUAUGAUAUAUCUAUACAAGGAGUAUAUGUAUGUAUAUGACAUGUUAUGUUGGUAUCAUUUUAUUGAAUAAUUCAUAUACGUAUGUAUAUGUAUACAUAUGUAUGUAUAUAUAUAUGUAUAUAUAUAUAUAUCUAUAUAUAUUUAUAUAUAUAAAAUUAUUAUUGUAAUUUUUAGAUGUACGUUCUAUUUGCAGGUAGAUUCUUGAUUAAAAAAUUAAAAAGACUAUAGGAUUUUUACGGUUAUCGCGCAUUGUGAAUUUUUCGAAUAAAAUCUGCCCAUAUUCGAUAUCUGAAAGAAAUAAUAUAAGUAUAUUAUAUCAUAUGAUAAUUUGUUGUUGAUGACUAAAUUAUAAUAAUAACUAUACUAUCUGUGGAAUGUUAUUUUUGUAUGUUGGUACAAAAUUAACGCGAUAUAUAUUUAAAAAAAAAAUCCGAAAAUGAGCAGAUUUAUACGCAAUGAAUUGUUGAGAUGAUUACGAUUAAAAACUAAUAAUUAGUUAUUAUCAAUAAUUAUUAAUUAAUUGUAUACACGUUAAUUACUAUCGCAUAAUAUUAUUGAUUAUUACAA